GCACAUGCCUUAGUUUACAUUUGUCAUAUCCCGAUUGUUGACAAAAAUGUGCACAUGAUCUCGAAUUAAUUUUGUUUCGUAGUGUCGAUUUCUUUUCGUUCAAGGUUUGCGAAUGAACUUUAGUACAAUUCUGUGCAUUUCUUCUUUACAUUUCCGAUCUACUAUAACCUAUUGUUUAAUUUAUAUUUGAUUCUUUCAAAGAAAACUAUUGGUGAAUAUAUAUUUUUCGUGAAUUUUCGUUUAUUUUGAGUUUACUCUUUAAUGAAUAGUUACUGUUAGUUAGAUGCUAAGUUUUAGAAAUUAGUAGGUAACUUUAAGAAAAAGUAUAUGUUUAGAUUUUCUUUGAGUCGGUUAAGUAUCAUGCGCAACAUGAGUAUUUUUACUCAAUGUUUAAAUCCUUUAACCGGUACCAUCACUUGGGAGGAAAAGGAUGAAAAUUAUGAUUAUCAUCAAGAAGUUGCAAGAUCGGCCUUUGCUGAUAUGUUGCAUGAUCACGAAAGAAAUGAAAAAUACUACAUUGCUCUUAAAACUGCGGUUGAAAGAAAGCAUCAAAUUGGAGAAGAAGCUAAUGUACUUGAUAUAGGAACUGGUACUGGUUUAUUGUCAAUGAUGGCUGCUAAAUGUGGUGCAGAUAGUGUAACAGCAUGUGAGGCUUUCACACCAAUGGCUAAAUGUGCCAUAAAAAUAAUAGAAGAAAAUGGUUUUAAAGAUAAAAUCAAAUUAAUACAAAAACGUUCUACAAAAAUGAUUGUGGGAAAAGAUGGUGAUAUGGAAAAAAAAGCAAACAUUUUAGUUACCGAAGUGUUUGAUACUGAACUUAUUGGGGAAGGGGCACUCUCUACAUUCCGUCAUGCUCUUGACUAUCUCCUUGAAGAGGAUAGUAUUGUAGUACCACAUAGUGCUACAAUCUGGGUACAAGUUAUUGAGAGUCCUGCUGUACAUGCGUGGAAUACUACACAACCAAUUCAAUAUAAAAACAGGUGUUUGUUAAAUACCCCACAUAGUGUAAAAUCCUGUUUUGGAGCAGCUGCAGUACAUGACAUACAAUUAACACAGUUUCCCUGUAAUGCAUUUAGACCUUUAUUACCACCUCAGGCUAUAUUUAGGUUUGAUUUCUCUGGUAAAACUCCUCUUCUAUACAAUGAAAAAGUAUGUUUGCAUGCAAAACCAACUUCAAAUGGUACUGCACAUGCUAUUUUCAUGUGGUGGGAUUUAAAUAUGGAUAUAGAUAAUCAGGUUUUGUUAAGUUGUGCACCAGUGUGGGAACACCCAGAUGCAAAAAAAUUACAAGAUGAAGGUAUAAGUCUUACAGAAAUAGCAGAUUUAAUUCCUUGGAGAGAUCACUGGAUGCAAGCUAUUUACUACUUACCUACAGAAACUUCAGUCAUUGCUGACACUGAAAUUAGUUUGAUUGGAUAUCAUGAUGAAUACUCUCUAUGGUUCCAGUUGAUAAAUGAUUCAAUAACUAAAAUAUCAGAUUGUGAAAGACCUGUCUGCAGUUGUGGAGUUCAUGUAGCAUACUGUAGGACACGUAUAGGGCAAUUAAAUGAUGAAAAACGAAAUGAAAAAUAUAUUAAAGCACUGGAGAAGAAGGUUACAUUAGACACAGUUUGUUUAUGUUUGUCAGAUGGUUGUUUAUUAAGCCUUGCAGCUAUUAAGUUAGGCGCGAAAAAAGUAUUUAUUUUAGAGACAAAUUUUCUAUCCAGAAAAAGUACAGAAAUGUUUAUAAAAGCAAAUGAACUCAUAGGAAGGGUACAAAUCAUUGAAUCAAUAGAUGAUUUACCUCCAGAAGACACAAUUAAUUUAAUUUUCGGCGAACCAUACUUUAUUACUUCUAUUGUACCAUGGGAAAAUCUGUAUUACUGGUAUCUCUCUUCAAAAUAUUCAUCUCAAAUAGAAAGGAUUCCAAUUGCAGCAACAAUAAUGGGUGUUGUAGUUGAAUUUAAAGAUUUGCAUAAGAUACGUGCACCACUUGGAAUUUGUGAAGGUUUCGAUUUAUCUGUAUUCGAUAAACUUGUUCAGGCAUCAAGUGAGAAAAGUGAUAGUCCAAUAGAAGCUCAACCGCUAUGGGAAUAUCCUGCUAAAGCAUUAAGUUUACCUUUUGUUAUUGAGAAAUUUGAUUUAACACAAAAUGCAAAUGACUACAAAAAUAUAAACACUUCAAAUACCAUUCCUAUUUUACAAAAUGGAUCCUGUAAUGGGGUGGCUUUAUGGGUUGAUUGGCAUUUGGAUUCUGAGAUUACAGUGUCAUCAGGACCUAAUGCAGAAAUACAGCCUGGUAAACGGAUAUCAUGGGAUCCGUUUACAAGACAAGGUGUACAUUUAUUUAGAGAAAUAACAAAUGUUACACAACAAAAUGUUCUUCAAUGGUCAUUCGCCUUUAUGCCACAACAUGGAAAUAUGAAAUUUGAUUUUCAUAUAUUGACCAAAACUAUGAAAUAACGUG